AAUAAGGGCUUCCCGAUUUAUUAAGGGAAAAGGCUUGCUGGUUCGUGGUUCCCGCCUUUACCAAACAGAAGUCAUCAGAGGGUACCGGAAUGGCGCGUGGUUCCUCAUCAUCGAAGAAGGUGGAGCGUGAGAGUAAUCGUGAGGCGAACCCGGAAGUGACAGAGCGCAAGAGGCUGAAGAGACUGGCAUUCGCCAACAGCGUACUCUCGGAGACUCCAGCCAAGGUCCACGAGCCGCUGAGCCCUUCGAAGGCCGUGAGCAAACACCACGGCAAGGACGUUGUCAAGAAGUCGCAGAGAAAGAACAGGUUCCUCUUCUCAUUCCCGGGCCUUCUCGCUCCGCUUGGCGGCGGUAAGAUCGGCGAGCUCAAGGAUUUGGGCUCCAAGAACCCCGUUCUCUACCUCGAUUUCCUUCAGGGUCGAAUGAAGUUGUUUGGGACUAUUGUAUAUCCGAAGAACAGAUAUUUGACGCUGCAGUUCCCUAGAGGUGGGAAGAAUGUGAUGUGCGAGGAUUACUUUGAUAAUAUGAUUGUAUUUUCCGAAGCAUGGUGGAUUGGGAGAAAAGAUGAGAACCCUGAAGAAGCUCGACUCAAUUUUCCUAAGGACUUGGAUGAGGGACAAGUCGUUGAAUAUGACUUUAAGGGUGGUGCAGGUGCUGCAUCUGUAAAUAAGCCUGGUUUACAGAAAACUGGAAUGAUUUAUGUAGAUGAACAGUCUCCUAAAGCUGAGCUUGAAGUUGAUCAAUCAGAUGGUGAAAACAAUUUGAAAGAUUCGAUAAAAGCAACACCAGUUCGACAUUCAGAGAGAACUGCUGGGAAAACAUUUAAUUUUGCAGAAGCUUCUUCUGGGGAAGAUUCUGUUGAAAGUGAUGCUGAUGUAUCAGAAGGAGAAGAAAAGAAAGUUGUGGGAGUUGAUUCUUCAGCCACAAAAUAUACUAGGGGAAAGACUGAAAGUCUUGGCUAUGUAGCCCUUGACAUUGACAAUAAGGAUGCUGUAGUAAGGACUCUGUUUCCUGAAAAGAAUGAAGAGCCUGCUAUGUCAGUGUCCAAGUCAAAGAGACUGUCUCACACUGCCACAACAGUAACCACAGAUAAGGAAAGAUCUUCGAGUCAUAAUGGUUCACUUGUUCAGACUACUAUAUCCACAUUGUUUAAGAAAGUGGAGGAGAAGAAAGCACCAAGAAAUCCAAGGAAAUCUCCAUCACCAAAAGUUUCCGACCAGAAGUUGCUGCAUAGCAAUUUAAAAAGGAAGAUUAAUGAGGGCAGACCUAGUAGAAAGGCAAAAGUUAUCAAGGAAACAGAUGGUGGGGGAAAAAUCAUGGCGAAGAAAAAAGAAGAUGAGAUUGAAGAUGAAGAUAUUGAAGACUUCUCGAACUCUUCAAAGGUUGCCAGUGGAAGUGAUGAAGAUUGGACUGCGUAGGAUUCUAAUCUUACUCAGGAAAUUCCAAAAUACUUCUCAAGCAGAUGAUGUAUAUUACUUCCCUGUCAAAGCAUCUAAUAUCCCAGGAGCUUGCAGGCUUCUGAUUGAUCUUCAAAACAUACAGCCAGUCUUAACGAUCAUUUAUUUUAUUUCUUUUGUUCGUUUUACAUUUUUUUCUUUUAAAUUGAUUUAAAUACUACACUUUCCAAACUAUUCAGGAAACAAACCGUGUUCAGAAACUGCGAUUUUAGGUGUGAAAUCGGGUUUUUGAGGCACGAUUUAAUGUUGAUUGAGCGAUCAUUUAUUCUACCUGGAAGAUCAUUUGGAGAAGAAAUACGAAGAAAUGUACAAUAUA